UCGUCGUAUGACGUUAAGUCGGGGCUGAAGAUCGCAGUGAAGAAGCUGUCGAGACCGUUCCAGUCCAUCAUCCAUGCUAAGAGGACCUACAGAGAACUACGACUCCUCAAACACAUGAAACACGAGAACGUGAGUUAACCCCUCCACACACACCUCCUGGAGAAUGUGAGUUAACCUUUCCUUGACCAUUUACUGAUCUAUCAGUCCAACCUUUCAAAGGUUACCGGAUUUUUCACAAAUCCCAGUUUGAGCCUAGAGGAUUCCCUCCCUGCUUAUUCAUGUUCCAAGAAUCCUCCAACCGGGAUUUCUGAAAAAUCUGUUGUGUGUGCACGCGCCCAUGCAUAUGUGUGUUACCGCCAUCAGCCUCCACUCUGGGGCAAGCUGACCUGACCUCAGAGUGAGAGAUACUGAAGCUUACUGUGGUACUGUAUAUGUGUGUUAUGAAAGGCUAUUGAUUGCUAUCUCUUAAGCUAAAGAGCAGAUGGAGUAGACAUGUCUGUUUGUGUGUGUGCGCAUGAGUGUGUGUGUGUGAAGGGGGUCAAGUGGAAGAAGUAUGUGUUGUCAUGUCUCUCCCUGGGUGAGGAUCAAAGGCCUCAUAUCAGCUUGGCAAAUGGCCGACAACAACCCAACCCUCUUACCUACAGGGGGGGCUGUGCCGGUCUUGACACCUUAAUACUGCCAUAAAUUGGAGAUAGGAGAAUCUGUCUCUGGCCCUCUAGUAUGGUGAAAGGAACAUUGGGACAAUAUAUUUCAACAUCCAAACGUUGGGAAUGAUGAGAAAUUGAAUAUGGAAAAUUAAUGUCUAUUUUGUGAUGUCAUUAAAACAUUUAUAAAGGCGUUAUAAUGAAAACAUUGUGACUUUGAGAGCUUUUACACUGUGUAUAUCAGGUUUACAUCCUUUUCGUUGUGUAGAAAAUAUCAAGGAGGAAGACAAUGUUUUCAUGAAGAUAGGAAUGUGAUUUUAGCUUUUGAACAAAAUCAUAGUGAUAAUAAUACUUUUGCCUCGUAACUAGCCACGCCCGAGGGAGCUCAGAGAGCGUGUCAGUAUGACCGAAACGCCCCUCUUUACCAGAGAGCAUAAAAGACUGAGAUAAGAAUGAUCAGAUCAGACUAGACGGACCUCAAGCUGCAGCUUUUGUCCAUAUUGGUCCCGACCCUGAAAAUCAACACGAGGUGAAGACGACAAAGUUGCCUCCACUAACGAUCAAUGUUACGGCUGAGUAGCUGUUCUAAGUACUGUAUCUAAGAAGGUGAAUUUAAGUCGGACCAUCCUGUUACUCUCUUCAAACCAUCGUCUGCUACGCUGCUCUCAUCACAUGAUCAGCCGUACCACUUCCAGAACGAGUGAAAGUAAACAGAUGACUAAGAAGAAGGACAUUGUGACCUCUUGUGGACAAGCUGAGCCUUACAUCUAUAAGGCCAUCCGAAAAGAGAAGGCCAUUCGACCCUUCCCACAAAGUCCUGGGUCCAACAGAGACGACGAAGACAAACACGUAAAUACAUGCAUUACUUCUUACGAAACGGGCGGCAGUUCUGGGCAAAGUAUUAGGAUUACUAUGAGAAUAGGUCCAUGUGUAUCCAAGUGUUUUUCUCUCUCUCUCUUUAACGUGCCAUCUUUUGUAACAAGUGUCAUUUCAUUGUAUUACGUUUGUAAUCCCUACCUAUACUGUGUAUGUGUUUGUAUCUUGUGUUAUCAUUUUAAUUAGUUAGUAAAUAAAUAAUUAAAUCAAUUUGUGUGGUAUGGAAUGAUCAGUAAGACCCGGGUUCGUGCAGACUUAGUCUACGACUUUCAGAAUGAGACUGAUAUGAGGCAAAUUAUUAAUAAAUGACUGUUAAAUGACGAGAUAUCUUUAGAGUUAAUUCGGAAAACGGUAACUCAUUAAACAACUUUUCUCGUGGUGCCCCAAAUUCCUAAUGAGUUAAUUGUUACAUGAUUAAUUUAAUCUAGUAACAAUUAAACAUAGUAGGUAAUUAUUCGAUAAAUAAUAGUCAUCACAAUAAUGAAAGGCACGUCACGACAGAUUAUUAAAACAUCAGUCCUGCUCACUGAUUUCACUCUCACUGUGGUAUGGUGCUGUAAACGCAAGACUUAACAUUUGCAACCACUGGUUACAACAGAUAGUAUGCCUGUUAUGAUUGUGGUGUGAAGGGAAGUUAACUCUGCAUAAAGCAAUGGUGUAAACAACACUGCAGCGAAUCUCUUCCUUCAGGGGUGUGAGGUUUCACUGAAUGAUUCAGUGGUGGUGAAGCUGAACACAUUAGGUCAACUGCUGUGUGUCGUGGUCAAGUUGAAGAUGAUAGGGGUUUAACCCAGAGUCUAACUUAAGAGUUUUACCAUGCUGCUGCACCGACAGCAAAUGCCACUAAACUGUGGUUGUGUGUGGCAGAUGGCAAUAAAAUCAUCUGAAUCUGACAGUGCUGACUGUGGUGAUUGUGCAGAAGGUCUUUUCAAAAUAAAAAAAAUUGUCUCUCUGUGACUUUAGGUAACGCUCAACUGCAGGCAACAGUAGAAUACAGUAGGAUACACCUGCCACAGAGAGUGUGGGUUUGAGUUGUUAAAACUUCUCUUUGAGUUUAGGUAACAGUUAGCUCUUAGCAGCAGGGAAGGGAACAGUAGAGUAGAUAACAGUGUGAUCCACCUGACACAGCUCUUGAGUCUUGACCCUCUUAUUCUCUGUUAUUCUCUGAGCUAAUUUCCCCGCUGUUGCCUGGUUAUACUGCAGGUUAUGUUUUUUGGAAAGCCUGAGUCAGCCAAUCACUUUGUUUUGGCUGGAUUCCACCAAUCGCAGAGGGCUCUGCCCUGCAUGGGCGGUGUGGAGUCGAGUUGUUAUGACACCCACCCACCUCAGUCAGUUUCUCUAGAGGGGGGCACACUGGGUCUGGCACCGACGUCUGCCUCCUCCCUCUGUCCUCUCUCCUCUCCUCAACUCCUCUCUAGCCACCCACACAUUGCCUGCAUGCUAGCUCUUCUCUCUCUCUCGCUCGCUUUCUUUCUUUCUCGCUCGCUUUCUCUAUCUAUGCCUCUCUCCCUCUCGUUCUCUCUCCCUCUGCCUCUCUCUUUCUGUUUUAUUGCAUUCUGCAUGAUUUCCUGUUCAGAGUUCAGUCAUCACUUUCUCCUGUGUUAACAGCAACACACACACACACACACACUAUGAGUGAAUUAGCCUGUGUCACAGAUCCCUGACUGUCACUGCGUACUGUCUGUCCUGUGUUGAGAGCAGAACAGUGGUUUAGGCUCUGUUCCAAAGCUUUAGAACGACCUGCCAUGACUGCAUCCAAAAAUCCAUAAUCUUUGUUUGAUGAAAUGUGAUGUUGUUGGUUGUCAAAGCGACCUUUAUCUGAUGGUUAUUAAACACAGUGAAAGACCAUGUCAAGGACAACGGGCGGUAGCACAGUCUCACACUAAGAAGUCUCUACUUUUCUUUGCACAAAGACAAAUGCAGAAACCAUUCCCCUCUGUUUGUGCACUCUGCAUAUUGCCUCAUUCACCCUGAGGGAUUUUAGCAGUUGGAAGAAGACCACAUGUUGUGUUUGUAAAUGUUUUGUCUGUAGUAUGAGUCAUUUGCAAUGUGAGUUGUGUUUAGAAUGUUGUCUAACCUUUGACUUCUUCUUUCUGUCAGGUGAUUGGUCUGUUGGAUGUGUUCACGCCCGCCACCAGCCUAGAGGAGUUCAACGACGUGUGAGUAACAUCUUUCUUGUUCUCUCUCUCGCUCGCUCGCACUCCAUUUCUACCCCCCCCCCCCCCUCUCUCUGGCAAUUCAAAUAGCUGUUGAAUAGGAGUUCAAUUUGCCUAGCAGAACACAUACAUGCACAGGUAUAUGUUAUAGGGAUGGGGGAAAAAAUUGAUACAGUAAGGCUUGGGCUGUAUCCAGAUUUUCAAUUGUCGUACCGUCCUUCUCUCAUACCAGGAUUUGCGGUAUUACCAGCAUAGCACACAAGGGGGCACUAAAAACACAAUAAAAGCCAUUGGGCCUCUAUUACCGGAAUGCUAACAAAAUUGGAACAAACUAAUAGCGAAAUCACAUAGACGCUGUUAGCGAAAUCACAUAGACGCUGUUAGCUAAAUGUUAACGAGCGAAAACUAACAAACUAAUUGCAAAGACGGGCAAAUCCAGCUCAUAAAGUUAUACAAGUGUAGCUACAAGCGAAAGUGAACGAGAUAAAUUGUGCAAAUGAACAAAGUUGUGAUGCAUGCUUUUCUGAAGGAAGAGCAGGAUGCGUACACGGAGCAGAUGGGAGAAGAACUGAGGAGAGGAAAAAACGCUAGUAGGAAGCACAGGGAAAAAAUGGCAGCUGUACAGAUAACUCAUCCAGAGCUCUUUGUCUUCUGGCAGGAAGCCAUUAUAAGAUAUCUGAUGGCAAACAUUUAGUAGUGAAUUGCAUACAAGUGUAACUUCAUCUCCUCAUGUGCACCACACAAUAGAGACGCACCGAUAGAUAUAGAACGCUAUGGAUUCACCAGCUCACUUUCUCCCGUUGUGCUAUUUACAAACAAACACAGUGACUGGCUCAACUGUUUUGGUGAUCUACAGUAACCUUAAUAAUUUAAAAGAAUGUGACCGGGGAAAUGAAGAACGCAAUCUGAUUUAUCUCCUAAGGUAUUGCACAAGGUGACUGCAGGUAAUAACUUAAAAAGUAGCUACAAAUAUAAACUUUUGACGGUAUUGAAAAAAUCCUGUGGCUUUUUCCAAAUACCCCGGUAUAUGGUAUUUAGAGUAUUGUAGAGUAUACGGUAUACGGUAUUUAGAGCCUACAGUAGAGUAUUGCGAUUAUUAUUUUUCCAGAUUUUAUAUCGAUACUGUGGGCUCCAUUUUAACAAACCUAUCGCAAUGGUAAAUCUAAGCGCUGGCGGUAGCGUCAUAGGUUCCGGGGUGUGUCAAAUAUUUUUGCUAUUUUCACAACCGGAAUUAUGGGCACAGUAGCUGGGUUUUGAUGAAUUAACAAGUUGUAGGUGUGUCAAGGCUUGACCCCUUCACUGGCCAAUCAGAAUGUGCUCCAUGGAUAAAUAUGUGGUUGCUUCAAGUUGAGUAUUUACAGUCUUAUGUAUUGCGUUGUCAUCAACUCCAAUUCGAAUGUUAGUCCAUUAUAGUCUAAUUUGUUAAAUAGCCUACAGAAACAAAAUAACAACAUGUAUGUAGGCCUAUCCCAUCUUUGCUAAGUCCACAUUGUAAGAAGCCUAAAUGCAUGACUUUUAUAUGGAAAUAUAUUAUAUAUCGCACUCAUAUAUAGGCUAGGCCUACUGUACAGUGCAUUUGGAAAGUAUUCAGACCCCUUGACUUUUUACACAUUUUGUUAUGUUACAGCCUUAUUCUAAAAUUAAUUAAAUUGUUUUUUCCCCUCAUCAAUCUACACACUAUACCCCAUAAUGACAAAGCAAAAACCAUUAAAAAAGAAAAUCUUAGCAAAGUUAUUAAAAAUAAAAAGCUGAAAUAUCAUAUUUACAUAAGUAUUCAGACCCUUUACUCAAUAUUUUGUUGAAGCACCUUUGGCAGCGAUUACAGCCUCGAGUCUUCUUGGGUUUGACGCUACAACCUUGGCACACCUGUAUUUGGGGAGUUUCUCCCAUUCUUCUCUGCAGAUCCUCUCAAGCUCUGUCAGGUUGGAUGGGGAGCGUCGCUGCACAGACAUUUUCAGGUCUCUCCAGAGAUGUUUGAUCGGGUUCAAGUCCGGGCUCUGGCUGGGCCACUCAAGGACAUUCAGAGACUUGUCCUGAAGCCACUCCUGGGUUGUCUUGGCUAUGUGCUUAGGGUUGUUGUCCUGUUGGAAGGUGAACCUUCGCCCCAGUCUGAGGUCCUGAGCGCUCUGGAGCAGGUUUUCAUCAAGGAUCUCUCUGUACUUUGGUCCAUUCAUCUUUGCCUUGAUCCUGACUAGUCUCCCAGUCCCUGCCGCUGAAAAACAUAUCCACAGCAUGAUGCUGCCACCACCAUGCUUCACCGUAGGGAUGGUGCCAGGUUUCCUCCAGACGUGAUGCUUGGCAUUCAGGCCAAAGAGUUCAAUCUUGGUUUCAUCAGACCAGAGAAUCUUGUUUCUCAAGGUCUGAGAGUCUUUGGGUGCCUUUUGGCAAACGCAAAGCGGGCUGUCAUGUGCCUUUUUAGAGUGGCUUCCCUCUGGCCACUCUACCAUAAAGGUCUGAUUGGUGGAGUGCUGCAGAGAUGGUUUUCCUUCUGGAAGAUUCUCCCAUCUCCACAGAGGAACUCUGGAGCUCCUUCAGAGUGACCAUCGGGUUCUUGGUCACCUCCCUGACCAAGGCCCUUCUCCCCUGAUUGCUCAGUUUGGCCGGGCGGCCAGCUCUAGGAAGAGUCUUGGUGGUUCCAAACUUCUUCCAUUUAAGAAUGAUGGAGGCCACUGUGUUCUUGGACCUUCAAUGCUGCAGACAUUUUUUUGGUGUCCUUCUCCAGAUCUGUGCCUCGACACAAUCCUGUCUCGGAGCUCUACGGACAAUUCCUUCAACCUCAUGGCUUGGUUUUUGCUCAGACAUGCACUGUCAACUGUGGGACCUUAUAUAGACAGGUGCGUGCAUUUCCAAAUCAUGUCCAAUCAAUUGAAUUUACCACAGGUGGACUCCAAUCAAGUUGUAGAAACAUCUCAAGGAUGAUCAAUGGGAACAGGAUGUACCUGAGCUCAAUUUCGAGUCUCAUAGCAAAGGGUCUGAAUACUUAUGUAAAUAAGGUAUUACUGUUUUAGUUUCAAUACAUUUGCAAAAAUUUCUAAAAAACAGUUUUUCUUUGUCGUUAUGGUGUAUUGUGUGUAGAUUGAGGAGGAAGAAUAUUUAUUUUAUACAUUUUAGAGUAACGUAACAAAAUGUGGAAAAGUAAAAGGGUCUGAAUACUUUCCGAAUGCACUGUAAAUUGCAUUAUGUCUGCCAUGUCUGAGCUAUCGACAUGCCAAACGUUGUGAAUAAGCAAGAUAAAAUUCCCUAUUGAUGAUGCUUAAAAGGAGAGUGAAUAAUUCUAAUCAAUACGAAACAACAACUUAUUUUAAAUAGGCUAUGUUUAAAUACAGUUACAGGCACCAUAAUUGCUCCCGGUGGGCAUAUAAUAUUAAGACUAUGGAGGCUUUUACGCACAUCCAAAAUAAUAACGGGAGCUGGCUAAAAUAAUGAUAAAAAGGGUACGUCCUCUCACUGUUUUGCUGCUCCUAAACUUGAUCUUUCACUAAAGCUUUGUUGAUUUAAUAUUUAUUUCAAAGCACUCUCACGAGCCAAACCCUUUAUUGAUAGUCUGCUAUUUGGCGAAUGCAUUGGUCAUGUAAAAAAAAACAGCCUUCAUUGAGGGGAGGCUAUGAUUGUUUAUUUUUUAAAUCCAAUGAAACGAAAAACAAGCAAUCUGUUUUUAAAACGACAACAAUAUUUCUAAAUAGGAUGGAGUCAGAAGCAUGAUAUCAUAAAUCACAUCUCUUGUUCCAUGGCACCGUGUGCACACAGCCCUAAAUGUGAUUACGUACAACAUUCGCACAUCUAUACAAAAUACUACUCUCCUGUCAAUUGUAUCAUUCCCAGACACAUAAAAAAAAUAUCAGCUGUUGAUAUGGCAUUAUAGGAGGACUGAAUAGUUUGGAGGAGCGCGUCUUUAGUAAUCGGACGAGGGGCGCUCUUUGAAAAUGGGAAUGGAUAGCCUACUUGAACAAGCAAAAUUCAACGAAAUGGGGGGGGGGAAACCAAUAAUUUUUUUGUUUCUAAACACGAGAUUCACGGCACAAAAGGCACAUCUCUCGUUCCAUGGGCACUGUGCUUCACGGCUGGAUAGGCUGCACUUCCGCUCUCAAAAUCCAUGCCAUUACCAAAUGCGUUACCGUUAAGACCUGCUUUUGAUGGGUCUCAACUUCCAUUUAGUGCUGCAUGAAAUUGCCACUUUUGCGCUUGUUUUUAAGGACACACAUCAAAUCUCGCCACCCCUCCCACCUCAAUGCAAAUGAGCUGAUAUUGGACAGGUAAAUUGCAGAACCUGGCGUAAGGGGUGAAAAUGCCAGUGCGCCAGUUUUACCAUCGCGAAAUUGCAAACUAAGGUGCAUUCAACACUUGCGCCUACUUAUAGAGCCCUGUGACUCCAAGUGUCGAUUUGUAAAAUGUAACUUUUUUUGCUAGCUAGGUAACGUUAGCUAGCGCUAGUCGGCUGUACCUAAACUCCGUAUUUCUCAUCCUAUAGCUUGUCUCCAUCUUCUUUUAAAAUGUUUUAAAUGGUGUGCCAACAUGUUUUGAGCACUUUUAUCUCCAAAACUUGUUUUCUUAUGGUUCUCUCCUUUUCCUCUGCAGCAGACAUAUAUGGAGCAAUAUGUUUGGAACAUCGAAUCACAAUAAAAUGUCAGUAUCGAAUCGCAAUACAUAUAGAAUCGUGAUAAUAUAGAAUCGCAAUAUCAUAUCUAUGCCUAAGUAUCGUGAUAAUAUCAUAUCGUGAGGUCCCUGGCAAUUCCCAGCUGUAUUAUAUUUAAACAAACCUAUUUCUGCAGGUCUUUAUUUCAUGUGUUUGGUGGUGUGAUUCGUCUCACUGAGAUACAUGGUGGGUUACCACGUGCACACAUACUGCACAUUAUUCCUUAUUUCCAUGGUAACAAGCAUUCCACUGUCUCUGUGGCUUCCAGUACGUGUGUGUGCAGAAUACUGAAGUACUAACUUUCACUUCUCAUUGGUCUAGGAUAGGAUGCCUGUUAUACACUCGCUCUCUCUCUCUCAUAACUCUCCCUGGUUCACCCUAAAGGAGCUGUAAAGCACUUAGCAGUGUUUACUGCUUGUAAUUUGUAGUGCUGGCAGAGGAGACACACACUCUCUCGUUCUCUCUCUCCACCAAUGUCGUGUUGCUGCCAUGGCAGUGUUUCCCUUAGGAUUUUUUUCAGCAGCGGAGGCAAAGUUAGCGUGGGGUGGGGGGUGGCCAAUGGUGCGGUCUCUGACCAAACAUUUCAGAGGCCACAGAUAUAAUUUGUUUGCUGUUUUAAAGGUCAUUUCCUGCAAUUCUCAAAAAUGUGCCAUGGCUUAUGCUGUUUUAUGCUAUUUGAGUGACUCAAACAUUAUAACAAAAUCAUUGAGGGCCUCAUGCCUUCCUGACUGUCAAAUUUUUGUUGGUUCUCAAAGAUGAUCUUAUUUUAAAAAAGAAUUAUAGCUCUAUUAUAUUUUCUACAUAAAUACUUUAUAUCUGGUUUUAGUCAUUUAAGUUUACACUGAAAACGUUUUACCACCCCAAAUUUUUAUUUAUGUAUUAUUUUUUAAAUAAAUAAAUAUAUUAUUUUAUUUUUGGGGGGGAGGGGAGUGGCGGCAAUGAUUUAACAGCAGUGGCCCGCUGCUGCUAAAUUAAUAAUGGGGUAACAUUGCAUGGUAACAACCCGUCUUACCUUUUUGGGGGUUGUGAUUGGCAGGUACCUGGUGACCCACCUGAUGGGGGCGGACCUCAACAAUAUCGUCAAGUGUCAGAAACUGACGGACGACCACGUUCAGUUCCUCAUAUACCAGAUCCUCAGGGGUCUCAAGGUAGGCGUGUGUGUUUUGCCCCUGUGUUCACGUGUGUGUUUUCAUAGGUGCAGGUAUAGGUUUUCAUAGGUAUGCAGUUGUAAAUAGUUGUCGGUUUUUGUUUUGCAGUAUAUCCAUUCAGCAGACAUCAUCCACAGAGUAAGUUACAUCAUAUUUACAUCAAUAUUUAAGUCAAGAUGCUUGCAUGGGGUGGAGGGAAAUAGGAAUACCCGACAGUGUUAGUGUAUACUCAAUACCUUAUUCUCCCCUCUCUCCUUCCCUCCACAGGAUCUGAAGCCCAGUAACUUGGCAGUGAAUGAGGACUGUGAACUCAAAGUGAGAAAGUUUAUUGAUCUAUUAUACCAGUCUGCCUAACUAAAAGGGAUAUUUCACCCAAUUUAAACAUUAUUUAUAUAUUGGUUUCCUUACCCAUACCUUAUUUUCAACUGCGCUGAACUGCUUCUCCUCUCCAGCUAGUAAAAGUUUGGACACACCUACUCAUUCAAGGGUUUUUCUUUAUUUUUACUAUUUUCCACAUUGUAGAAUAAUAGUGAAGACAUCAAAACUAUGAAAUAACUCCUAUGGAAUCAUGUAGUAACCAAAAAAGUGUUCAACAAAUCAAAAUAUAUUUUAUAUUUGUGAUUCUUCAAAGUAGCCACCCUUUGCCUUGAUGACAGCUUUGCACACUCUUGGCAUUCUCUCAACCAGCUUCAUGAGGUAGUCACCUGGAAUGCAUUUCAAUUAACAGGUGUUAAUUUGUGGAAUUUCUUUCCUCCUUAAUGUGUUUGAGCCAAUCAGUUGUGUUGUGACAAGGUAGGGUUGGUAUACAGAAGAUAGCCCUAUUUGGUAAAAGACCAAGUCCAUAUUAUGGCAAGAACAGCUAAAAAAAGCAAAGAGAAACGACAGUCCAUCAUUACUUUAAGACAUGAAGGUCGGUCAAUACGGAAAAUGUCAAGAACUUUGAACGUUUCUUCAAGUGUAAUCGCAAAAACCAUCAAGCGCUUUGAUGAAACUGGUUCUCAUGAGGACCACCACAGGAAUGGAAGAUCCAGAGUUACCUCUGCUGCAGAGGAUAAGUUCAUUAGAGUUACCAGCCUCAGAAAUUGCAGCCUAAAUAAAUGCUUCACAGAGUUCAAGUAACAGACACAUCUCAACAUCAACUGUUCAGAGGAGACUGCGUGAAUCAGGCCUUCAUGGUCAAAUUACUGCAAAGAAACCACUACUAAAGGACACCAAUAAGAAGAAGAGACUUGCUUGGGCCAAGAAACACAAGCAAUGGACAUUAGACAGUUGGAAAUCUGUCCUUUUGGUAUGAUGAGUCCAAAUUUGAGAUUUUUGGUUCCAACCGCCGUGUCUUUGUGAGACGCAGAGUAGGUGAACAGAAAAUCUCUGCAUGUGUGGUUCCCACGUGGAGCAUGGAGGAGGAGGUGUGAUGGUGUGGGGGUGCUUUGCUGGUGACACUCUCUGUAAUUUAUUUAGAAUUCACCCUUAACCAGCAUGGCUACCACAGCAUUCUCCAGUGAUACGCCAUCCCAUCUGGUUUGGACUUAGUGGGACUAUCAUUUGUUAUUCAACAGGACAAUGACCCAACACACCUCCAGGCUGUGUAAGGGCUAUUUGACCAAGAAGGAGGGUGAUGGAUUGCUGCAUCAGAUGACCUGGCCUCCACAAUCACCUGACCUCAACCCAAUUGAGAUGGUUUGGGAUGAGUUGGACCACAGAGUGAAGGAAAAGCACACAACAAGUGCUCAGCAUAUGUGGGAACUCAUUCAAAACUGUUUGAAAAGCAUUCCAAGUAAAGCUGGUUGAGAGAAUGACAAGAGUGUGCAAAGCUGUCAUCAAGGCAAAUGGUGGCUACUUUAAAGAAUAUAAAAUAUAUUUAGAUUUGUUUAACACUUUUUAGGUUGCUACAUGAUUCCAUAUGUGUUAUUUCAUAGUUUUGAUGUCUUCACUAUUAUUCUACAAUGUGGAAAAUAGUGAAAAUAAAGAAAAACCCUCGAAUGAGUAGGUGUGUCCAAACUUUUGACUGGUACUGUAUAUCACUGGUACUGUACAGGUUACAGCCUUAUUCUAAUAUUGAUUUAAAUAUGUUUUCCCCCUCAUCAAUUUACACACAAUACCCCAUAAUGACAAAGCAAAAACAGGUUUUUAGACAUUUCUGCAAAUGUAUAUAAAAAAAAAAAAAGAUCACAUUUACGUAAGUAUUCAGACCCUUUACUCAGUACUUUGUUGAAGUACUAAUGGCAGCGAUUACAGCCUCUAGUUUUCUUGGGUAUGACGCUACAAGCUUGGCACACCUGUAUUUGGGGAGUUUCUCCCAUUCUUCUCUGCAUAUCCUCUCAAGCUCUGUCAGGUUGGAUGGGGAGCGUUGCUGCACAGCUAUUUUCAGGUCUCUCCAGAGAUUUUUGAUCGGGUUCAAGUCUGGGCUCUGGCUGGGCGACUCGAGGACAUUCAGAGACUUGUCCUGAAAGGAAAGGGAAAAAGGGAUACCUAGUCAGUUGUACAACUGAAUGCAUUUAACUGAAAUGUGUCUUCCGCAUUUAACCCAACCCUUCUGAAUCAGAGAGGUGGGGAGGGCUGCCUUAAUCGACAUCCACGUCUUCUGCGCCCGGGGAACAGUGGGUUAACUGCCUUGCUCAGGGGCAGAAUGACAGCUUUUUACCUUGUCAGCUCGGGGAUUCCUUUCGGUUACUGGCCCAACAAAGCCCUGUGUUGUCUUGGCUGUGUGCUUAGGGUUGUUGUCCUGUUGGAAGGUGAACCUUCGCCCCAGUCUGAGGUCCUGAGCGCUGUGGAGCAGGUUUUCAUCAAGGAUCUCUCUGUACUUUGCUCCUUUCAUCUUUGCUUCAAUCCUGACUAGUCUCCCUGUCGCUGAUAAACAUCCCCACAGCAUGAUGCUGCCUCCACCAUCCUUCACCGUAGGGAUGGUGCCAGGUUUCCUCCAGCCAUGACGCUUGGCAUUCAGGCCAAAGAGUUCAAUCUUGGUUUCAUCAGACCAGAGAAUCUUGUUUCUCAUGGUCUAAAAGCCACUCUACCAUAAAGGCCUGAUUGGUGCAGUACUGCAGAGAUGGUUGUCCUUCUGGAAGGUUCUCCCAUCUCCACAGAGAAACUCUAGAGAUCUGUCAGAGUGAUCCACGGGUUCUUGGUCAUCUCCCUGACCAAGGUCCUUCUCUCCCGAUUGCUUAGUUUGGCCGGGUGGCCAGCUCUAGGAAGAGUCUUGGUGGUUCCAAACUUCUUCCAUUUAAGAAUUAUGGAGGCCACUGUGUUCUUGGGCACCUUCAAUGCUGCAGACAUUUUUUGUUACCCUUCCCCAGAUCUGUGCCUCGACAAUCCUGUCUCGGAGCUCUACGGACAAUUCCUUCGACCUCAUGGCUUGGUUUUUGCUCUGACAUCCACUGUCAACUGUGGGACCUUAUAUAGACAGGUGUGUGCCUUUUCUAAAUCAUGUCCAAUCAAUUGAAUUUACCUCAGGUGGACUCCAAUCAGGUUGUAGAAACAUCUCAAGGAUGAUCAAUGGAAACAGGAUGCACUUGAGCUCAAUUUUGUGUUUUAUAGCAAAGGAUCGGAAUAGUUAUGUAAAUAAGGUAUUUAUAUUUUAUUUUUAAUACAUUUGCAAAAAUGUCUAAACCUGUUUUUGCUUUGUCAUUAUGGGGUAUUGUGUGUAGAUUGCUGAGGAUUGUUAUUUAUUUAAUCAAUUUUUAAUAAAGCUGUAAUGUAACAAAAUGUAGAAAAAGUCGAGGGCUGUGAAUACUUUCCGAAGGCACUGUGUGUAUGUGUGUGUGUGUGUGUGUGUGUAUAUAUAUAUAUAUAUAUAUAUACAUAUACACACACACACACACCAGUGCCUUCAGAAAGUAUUCACACCCAUUGACGUUUUCCAUAUUUUGUUGUUACAGCCUGAAUUUAAAAUGGAUUAAAGAUUUUUUGUCAUUGGCCUACACACAAUACCCCAUAAUGUCAAAGUGGAAUUAUGUUUUUUUAAAGGUUUUACAAUGUCAAACCCCAUUGUUAGCCUAAAUACGUUCAGGAGUACAAAUGUGCUUAACAAGUCACAUAAGUUGCAUGGACUCAAUAAUAGUGUUUAACAUGAUUUUUGAAUGCCUACGUCAUCUCUGUACCACACAUACAGUUGAAGUCGGAAGUUUACAUACACCAUAGCCAAAUACAUUUAAACUCUGUUUUUCACAAUUCCUGACAUUUAAUCCUAGUAAAAAUUCCCUUUCUUAGGUCAGUUAGGAUCACCACUUUAUUUUAAGAAUGUGAAAUGUCAGAAUAAUAGUAGAGAGAAUGAUUUAUUUCAGCUUUUAUUUCUUUCAUCACAUUCCCAGUGGGUCAGAAGUUUACGUACACUCAAUUAGUAUUUGGUAGCAUUGCCUUUAAAUUGUUUAACUUGGGUCAAACGUUUUGGGUAGCCUUCCACAAGCUUCCCACAAUACGUUGGGUGAAUUUUGGCCCAUUCCUCCUGACAGAGCUGGUGUAACUGAGUCAGGUUCGUAGGCCUCCUUGCUCGCAACACGCUUUUUCAGGUCUGCCCACAAAUGUUCUAUAGGAAUUGAGGUCAGGGCUUUGUGAUGGCCACUCCAAUACCUUGACUUGUUGUCCUUAAGCCAUUUGCCAAUUGGAAGUAGUGGGCGCUGUCCUUUGAUCCAUGCGACCACUUUAACUUCGACUGAUGUCUUGAGAUGUUUGUUGUCACUAUUUCUUCUCAUUGCCAUCAUUUGUGAAGUGCAUCAUCCCUUCACUGACACAAAGCUGCCACCCCGCAUGUUCUUCGGCUUCCAAGAAACCCCCUUUUUCUCCAAACAUAAACGAGGUCAUAUGGGCCAACCAGUUCUAUGUUUGUUUCAUCAGACCAGAGGACAUUUCUCCAAAAAGUAUGAUCUUUGUCCCAUGUGCAGUUGCAAACCGUAGUCUGACUUUUUUAUGGCGGUUUUGGAGCAGUGGCUUCUUCUUUGCUGAGCGGCCUUUCAGUUUAUGUCGAUAUAGGACUCGUUUUACUGUGGAUAUAGAUACUUUUGUACCUGUUUCCUUCAGCAUCUUCACAAGGUCCUUUGCUGUUGUUCUGGGAUUGAUUUGCACUUUUCGCACCAAAGUACGUUCAUCUCUAGGAGACAGAACGCGUCUCCUUCCUGAGCGGUAUGACGGCUGCGUGGUCCAAUGGUGUUUAUGCUUGCAUACUAUUGUUUGUACAGAUGAACGUGGUACCUUCAGGCGUUUGGAAAUUGCUCCCAAGGAUGAACCAGACUUGUGGAGGUCUACAAUAAUUUUUCUGAGGUAUUGGCUAAUUUCUUUUGAUUUUCCCAUGAUGUCAAGCAAAGAGGCACUGAGUUUGAAGGUAGGCCUUGAAAUACAUCCAAAGGUACACUUCCAAUUGACUCAAAUGAUGUCAAUUAUCCUAUCAGAAGCUUCUAAAGCCAUUACAUCAUUUUCUGGAAUUUUCCAUGCUGUUUAAAGGCACAGUCAACUUGGUGUAUGUAAACUUCUGACCCAUUGGAAUUGUGACACAGUGAAUUAUAAGUGAAAUAAUCUGUCUGUAAACAAUUGUUGGAAAAAUUACUUGUGUCAUGCACAAAGUAGAUGUCCUAGUAACUUGCCAAAACUAUAGUUUGUUAACAAGAAAUUUGUGGAGUGGUUGAAAAACAAGUUUUAAUGACUCCAACCUAAGUGUAUGUAAACUGCCGACUUCAACUGUACAAUUAUCUGUAAGGUCCCUCAGUCAAGCAGUGAAUUUCAAACACAGAUUCAACCUCAAAGACCAGGGAGGUUUUCCAAUGCCUUUCAAAUAAGAGCACCUAUUGGUUGAUGGGUAAAAAAAAUGCUAACAUUGAAUAUCCCUUUGAGCAUGGUGAAGUUAUUAAUUACGCUUUGAAUGGUGUAUCAAUACACCCAGUCACUACAAAGAUACAGGCGUCCUUCCUAACUCAGUUGCCGAAGAGAAAGGAAACCGCUCAGGGAUUUCACCAUGAGGCCAAUGGUGACUUUAAAACAGUUACAGAGUUUAAUGGCUGUGAUAGGAGAAAACUGAGGAUGGAUCAACAACAUUGUAGUUAAUCCACAAUACUAACCUAAUUGAGAGAGUGAAAAUAAUGAAGCCUGUACAGAAUAAAAAUAUUCCACGACAUGCAUCCUGUUUGCAACAAGGCACUAAAGUAAUAAUUUUAAAAAAUGUGGUAAAGCAAUUCACUUUUUCUCCUGAAUACAAAGUAUUAUGUUUGGGGCAAAUCCAAUACAACACAUUACUGAGUACCACUCUCCAUAUUUUCAAGCGUAGUGGUUCCUGCAUCAUGUUAUGAGUAUGCUUGUAAUCGUUAAGGACUGGGGAGUUUUUCAGGAUAAGAAAGAAACAGAAUGGAGCUAAGCACAGGCAAAAUCCUAGAGGAAAACCUGGUUGUCUGUAUUCCACCAGAUACUGGGAGAUUAAUUCUCCUUUCAGCAGGAUAAUAACCUAAAACACAAGGCCAAAUCUACACUGGAGUUGCUUACCAAGAAGAUAUGGAAUGUUCCUGAGUGGCUGUUACAGUUUUGACUUAAAUCUACUAGAAAAUCUAUGGGAAGCCCUGAAAAUGGUUGUCUAGCAAUGAUCAACAACCAAUUUGACAGAGCUUGAAGAAUUUUGAAAAUAAUAAUGUGCAAAUAUUGCAUAAUCCAGGUGUGUAAAGCUCUUAGAGACUUACCCAGAAAGACUCACAGCUGUAAUCGCUGCCAAAGGUGCUUCUACAAAGUAUUGACUCGGGUGUGAAUAGUUAUGUAAAUGAGAUUUCUGUAUUUCAUUUUUCAAUACAUUUGAAAAAUAUAUAUAAAUAUGUUUUCACUUUGUCAUUAUUGGGUAUUGUGUGAAAAUAAAUCAAUGUAAUCAAUUUUGAACUCAGGCUAUAACACAACAAAAUGUAGAAUAAGUCACUUUCUAAAGGCACUGUAAACACCAGAGAUGGGACGAAGUCACUAUUAUUCGUGUCACAAGAAUGGUCAGAGUCUCAAGUUGAGUCCCAAGUAGAACGGGUCGAGUCUCGAGUCAAGCCCAAGCCGUGCAUUCUAAGAGCAAGUCGAGUCACAAGUCUAGUAAAAAAAUCUGUUCAACAACAAGUCUUUGUCUAUUUAUUGAGACUACCAGACAGCUCUUUUCAUUAUUUUGUCUACAACAUAUUUUGAUUAUCCUUAUUAAUUUUAACAACAAAUUCCAAAUGCAAGCUUCAUAAGUAAAUUAUACAUUUCAAGCAAUUUCAUACCAAAAGACCAGUAGGCCUAUGCUAGUAAUUGUUGCUUGAUGCCCCAUUGCUGGUGUGCUUGCAAAGUAAACAGUUAACAUUUUUGGAGCUGCAUAUUUAUUUAUGGCAAUCCUCUCUCCCUACAAUUUGACAUUUGCACUGCACCCGAUCCCAUAGCUGUACAGCAAAUCAGCCCGAGGUGGCACCACAGGACCCAGAGUGGUGGGGCAAAAAAUUUUUUGCUUGGGCCCAGAGUUUUUCCUAAUCUGGUAAACUAACCAGGUAUAAAUCCAGACCCUAUAGGGUAUGACAGUGAUUAAUCAGUUGUGAAACCGUUUUAAAUGGGCUAUGAUGGGCCUAGAGAUUUUCUAAUCAGGUCAAAUAUUUUUUGUUGUUUUUUUGUACUUCUGGUAACACUCCUCAACCUAGGGAGGAUGAAAACCCUCUCAAAUUGCAGAAACCUUGUACUUGUUCAUAUGAAUUAUAUUUUUAAACUAGACUAACAGGGAGGCUUCAUUUACACAGACACAGAGACAAAAACUGCAAUUGGACAAUAUAACUCGCAGGGCUGAGCUUGCUUUAUGCAGAUUUGCAUCAUGUAGGCCUAUGCAACUGUAAUUGAAAAGUAGCUCACACAGUCUGCCGUCCGUAUUGUUUUGAUUAAUUUCAGUUAAUAAUUUUGGAUUGAAAAGAUCAAGGUAGCCUUCCCAAGUUUGAAUAUAGCAUAAACCAAAUUUGAUUAGCCUACAUUCAAAUUGUCUCCUAAUCUAACACAUAAAUAGGCUACAUAACGUUACAUUUACAUUUACAUUUUUGUCAUUUAGCAGACGCUCUUAUCCAGAGCGACUUACAGGAGCAAUUAGGGUUAAGUGCCUUGCUCAAGGGCACAUCGACAGAUUUUUCACCUAGUCGGCUCAGGGAUUAGAACCAGCGACCUUUCGGUUACUGGCACAACGCUCUUAACCACUAAGCUACCUGCCGUUACCACUUCGUUAAACUGGCCAGAGGGGACAGGCUCAUUUGGUUAUCAGUAGUCUAGUUGAUCAGACUGAAAAAUGUUCUCGUCUUUUUCCCAUACAGCAUGUCAGAUCGAAAAUGUGUAGGUGUAGGCUGCUGCAACAUUUCUGCGAAAGUUCUCGCUUGUCUGACGGGAGUGAUGUGUUAACACGUUUGCUAAAUAAAUAAAAUACCGGAGGACAGUGGAGAGCAGUGCGUGAGUUAACAAAUCAUGACUCUUUUUAACACUUUUGUGUCAAUACUUUCAAUAUUUCACUGCUCCACCUGAUUGAAAUUGCUUGGGCAAAUGCCAGCUUGCCACACGUUUGCCAGUGAUAGCAAUCUGUUCGCUAGCUCACCCAACCUGUGUUGAUUGACAGUUUGCUGGUCCAAUCAGAGGGCCAAGUGUGUGUGUUUCACUAACUAAUCUGUUGCACAUUAUUUUUUAAUGCUGACUCUGGCUGCAUGGAGAGUAAUCCACUGAGACUCUGUGCCACAAAAUGAGUGACAAAACGUUACAAAACCUGGCCAGAUAAUUUAAUCAUCACUCUCAAGUCGAGGCUCCAAGUCAAGUCAUUUUAUUUUCUAUCAACUCGAGUCUGAAGUUAUGAAAUGUGUAACUCGAGUCAGACUCGCGUCCACACCUUUGAUACAUACACACAACCAUCUCUCUCUCUCUCUCUCUUUCUCUCGUGCACACACAUGUGCACACACACACACACUUGCUUUCUCCCUCUCUCUCUAUCCAUCUGUCUGUCAGAUCCUGGACUUUGGUUUGGCGAGACACACUGAUGAUGAGAUGACGGGUUAUGUAGCGACCAGGUGGUACCGCGCCCCAGAGAUCAUGCUUAACUGGAUGCACUACAACAUGACAGGUAAUAAUAUACUAUAAUACAGUACAUUAGGAAAGUAUUCAGACCCCUUCACUAUUUCCACAUUUUGUUACGUUACAGCCUUAUUCUAAAAUUGAUUAAAUGUUCAUCAAUCUACACACAAUACCCCAUAAUGACAAAGUGAAAACAGUAAUUUUUUUGUGAGUGCAAAUGUAUAGUUAAACAGAAAUACCUUAUUUACAUAAGUAUUCUGACCCUUUGCUAUGAGACACGAAAUUGAGCUCAGGUGCAUCCUGUUUCCAUUGAUUAUCCUUGAGAGGUUUCUACAACUUGAUUGGAGUCCACCUGUGGUAAAUUCAAUUGAUUGGACAUGAUUUGGAAAGGCACACACCUGUCUAUAUAAGGUCCCACAGUUGACAGUGCAUGUCAGAGCAAAAACCAAGCCAUGAGGUCGAAGGAAUUGUCUGUAUAGCUCCAAGACAGGAUUGUGUGGAGGCACAGAUCUGGGGAAGGGUACCAAAAAGUUUAUGCAGCAUUGAAGGUCCCCAAGAACACAGUGGCCUCAAUUAUUCUUAAAUGGAAGAAGUUUGGAACCACCAAGACUCUUCCUAGAGCUGGCCACCCGGCCAAACUGCGCAAUCGGGGGAGAAGGGCCUUGGUCAAGGAGGUGACCAAGAACCCGAUGGUCACUCUGACAGAGCUCCAGAGUUCCUCUGUGGAGAUGGGAGAAACUUCCAAAAGGACAACCAUCUCUGCAGCCCUCCACUAAUCGGGCCUUUAUGGUAGAGUGGCCAGACAAGAAGACUCGAAGCUGUAAUCGCUGCUAAAGCUGCUUCAACUAAGUACUGAGUAAAGUGUCUGAAUACUUAUGUGAAUGUCAUAUUUCUGUUAUUGCUUUGUCAUUAUGGGGUAUUGUGUGUGUGUAUAUUGAUGAGGGGAAAAAACAAUUUAAUCAAUUUUAGAAGAAGGCUGUAACCUAACACAAUGUUGAAAAAGUGAAGGGGUCUGAAUACUUUCCGAAUGCGCUGUAUAUUACUCUAUCACUGCAAUAUGACAGGUACGACCUAGAAGUAAAAUACUGUAUAUUCUAUAGGCCAGGAGUUAAUAAAUAAAUCAUUUUGCGUGUGUAAAUGUUUAUACAAAAUGGAUUUGCGGAUGUGUAGUUCCAGUUGGACACUAACAGUGUUGUUUUUGUAGUUGACAUCUGGUCGGUGGGCUGCAUAAUGGCGGAGCUGCUAACCGGAAGGACGUUAUUCCCCGGCACCGACCGUAUCCUUUCACUGCCGUCAUGGUGACAUAGAAAAGUGUAGCACUUGUUGUCAUGGCCCAAUUCCAUAUUGACCCCUAUCCCCUACACCCAGUUGAAGUGUGCACUUAGCUAAAUAACUAACUGCCUGCAUGGGCAAACCAUGUAGUAUACAUCUGAGGUUCUCAUAGAUGUAUCCCUCCUCCUACUUCUCCUUACCCUCCCAUCCCUUCCUUCUCACCCUCCUUCCAUCACAUCCCUCAGUUUUCCCUUUAUGUUGGUGUGGUAUAGACAUUGAUCAGUUGAAGCUUGUAAUGCUCCUCAUGGGACCCCCGGAACCUGAGCUCUUGAUGAAAAUCCCCUCAGUCUGUGAGUGUUCCAUCUUAUAAUAAAAAAUAAUAAUAUGCCAUUUAGCAGACGCUUUCAUCCAAAGCGACUUAGUCGAGUGCAUACAUUUUUACGUAUGGGUGGUCCCGGGGAUCGAACCCACUACCCUGGCGUUACAAGCGCCAUGCUCUACCAAUGGAGCUACAGAGGACUACAUCUUGUUCCACUAUGUUCUGUUCCACGCCUGUCUGCCUGCCCGCGUUUUGGGUUGUGCCGCUGUUUUUCAAUGACAACCUCUUUAUUGAGCUAUUACUACUAUACUCGCUUCCAGUCCUACCAUUAUAUGGCCACUGUAACUCAACACCACAGCUUCCUGUGUACUUCCAUCUCCCAGAUACAUGGGCUUCAUGGGCUGCUCCCUACAGAAGCCAAGAGAACCUUGACUUAGUUGUCAUUGAGUUGAGCUGCCCUCUCGUCUAGAGUCGCUCGGUUCUUCUGACACUCGUUCCUCUGCUGGCUGUGUUCUAAAAGCAUGUUGUUAUGUCUCUAUUCAAUAAUACCUCAUACAGCAUGUCAGCUUUUAAAAAAUCGAAUCAAAUUUUAUUUGCCACAUCCGCCGAAUACAACGGGUGUAGACCUUACAGUGAAAUGCUUACUUACAAGCCCUUAACCAACAAUGCAGUUUUAAGAAAAAUAAGUGUUAAGUAAAAAAUAAAAAAUAAAAAAAUCAUUAAAGAGCAGCAGUAAAAUAAAAUAACAGUAAUGAGGCUAUAUACAGGGGGUACCGGUACAGAGUCAAUGUGCGUGGGCACAGGUAAUUGAGGUAAUAUGUACACGUGGGUAGAGUGAAAGUGACUGCAUAGAUAAUAAACAGAGAGUAGCAGCAGCGUAAAAGGGGGGGAGUGGGGGGGGAUGCAAAUAGUCCGGUAUUAGCUGUACAGGAGUCUUAUGGCUUGGGGGUAGAAGAAGACUUGGCGCUCCGGUACCGCUUGCCGUGCGGUAGCAGAGAGAACAGUCUAUGACUAGAGCCUUCCUCUGACACCGCCUUUCUCCAUUCUCUCCCUACCUCCCCCCUCCCUACUUCCAUCUCAUCCCCAUAUCUUCUCGUCUACCCCCCCUCCCCCCUUCCCCCACGCAACAAAAGGGACACUUUGACAUCCCUGUGACCCUCUCACCUGUGUGACAGUAUGACCUAUGACCCUUGACCCUAGGCUGCUGUAGAUAUUAACCAGCUGCAGCAGAUCAUGAGGCUGACAGGAACGCCCCCGGCCUCUGUCAUUAGCCGGAUGCCCAGCCAUGAGGUGAGACACUAUGAUAUGUCCUUCCCAGGGUCCCCCAUAUUAUAAAUGCAACAAGUACUGAUAUUGUAUCAUAUAGUAGCACUCACAGCUUUCCAGGAAAACAAAAAUCUAGACGUUUAUGGUCGGUUGACAUAUAUUUUAGAGGCUAUUUAUACAGAAAAUGUGUAUAAAACCUGUAUAAACUGUAUUUAUAAUUCUAUUACAAUAUUUUAGGUUGACUAUUCUAUUACACCAUUUCUGAUAUACAGUGCCUUUGGAAAGUAUUCAGACCCCUUGACUUUUUCCACAUUUUGUUACGUUACAGCCUUAUUCUAAAAUUGAAAAUGUUUCCCUCAUCAAUCUACACACAAUACCCCAAUCUACACAAAAUAAAAAAAACUUAAAUAUCACAUUUACACAAGUAUUCAGUCCCUUUACUCAGUACUUUGUUGAAGCACCUUUGGCAGCGAUUACAGCCUUCUUGGGUAUGACGCUACAAGCUUGGCACACCUGUAUUUGUAGUGUUUUUCCCCAUUCUUCUCUGCAGAUCCUCUCAAGCUCUGUCAGGUUGGAUGGGGAGCGUUGCUGUACAGCUAUUUUCAGGUCUCUCCAGAGAUGUUCGAUCGGGUUCAAGUUCGGGCUCUGGCUGGGCCACUCAAGGACAUUCAGAGACUUGUCCCGAAGCCACUCCUGUGUUGUCUUGGCUGUGUGCUUAGGGUCGUUGUCCUGUUGGAAGGUGAACCUUCACCCCAGUCUCAGGUCCUGAGCACUCUGGAGUAGGUUUUCAUCAAGGAUCUCUCUGUACUUUGCUCCAUUAAUCUUUGCCUCGAUCCUGACAAGUCUCCCAGUCCCUGCCACUGAAAAACAUCCCCACAGCAUGAUGCUGCCACCACCAUGCUUCGCCGUAGGGAUGGUGCCAGGUUUCCUCCAGAUGUGACGCUUGGCAUUCAGGCCAAAGAGUUCAAUCUUGGUUUCAUCAGAGCAGAGAAUCUUGUUUCUCAUUGUCUGAGAGUCUUUAGGUGCCUUUUGGCAAACUCCAAGCGGGCUGUCAUGUGCCUUUUACUGAGGAGUGGCUUCCAUCUGGCCACUCUACCAUAAUGGCCUGAUUGGUGGAGUGCUGCAGAGAUGGUUGUCCUUCUGUAAGGGUCUCCCAUCUCCACAGAGGAACUCAAGAGCUCUGUCAGAGUGACCAUCGGGUUCUUGGUCACCUCCCUGACCAAGACCCUUCUCCCCCGAUUGGUAUUAUGUGUAGAUUGCUGAGGAAAUUGUUUUAUUUAAUCCAUUUUAGAAUUGUAUCAUUGUAUCAAAAUGUGGAAAAAGUCAAGGGGUCUGAAUACUUUCUCUACUGCCAUUCAUUUCUGAUUAGACUGGUUUGGAUUUCUCCCUGACCAAUAUGGAUGCCAUUUUUACCCCAUCCUGGAAUUUUUUGGGUUCAUGACAUAGCCCCUCUAGUAAUUUAAUAGGAUCUCUAUGAUGCCCCCAGCCUUUUGUUAGGCCCUACAGAGCUCUUUUUGUCUGACACGUAUCUCUGACGUAAUCUCACGACUUCCCAGAGUGCUUUGCAAUCCCUAAUUCCUGACAACUUUUUCUGGCCUUGCCCCUCUGUGAUCUGAAGUGUUCUGAUUUUAUAUGAUGUGUUGUUUGGUUGUUGUGUACAGUGGUUCUCUUCCAAACUACAGCUCCAGACUGCAGUAUUCUUCAUAACCCUUUAGAUGUGCUCUAUGAGAUUCCUAUCUUGAGAUCUGGGGCCAUUAAUCAAGCGUCUCAGAGUAGGUGUGCUGAUCUAGGAUACUAUUCAUUGUGAUGUAAAAGGCUAAACUGAUCCUAAAUCGGCACUCCUACACUGAGACGCUUGAUACAUACGGCCACAGGGCACGUAACUCAGUCUCCCAUUUGCAUCAAUGCAUGAUUUACACCAGGGGUGUCAAACGUCCGGUCCGCGGUUCGGAUCAGGCCCGCAAACGGGUUUAAUCCGGCCCGCGAGAUGAUAAAAUAUAUAUAUAUAUAUAUAUAUAUAUAUAUAUAUAUAUAUAUAUAUAUAUAUAUAUAUAUAUAUAUAUAUAUAUAUAUAAUUUUGUAAAGUAUAAAAAUGCGCUGCAAUUUUUCAAUAAAAUAAACUGCUGUUCCAAUUGCGUCCACUGGAUGGCGCAUUAGCAAUUGUGUUAAGCAAGCAAACUGUUUAUACCGGGACAGAGCAAGUAGGUCAAGCACGUGCAGCCAAUGAGCUACUUUGUUUUGCCCGCGAUAUUUAUUACGGCUUCUACUUUUAACAUUAUGUGCUUUGGCACCCUCAUUGCCCCAAUAUGUCUCUGUCAAAAAAGAGAAAAGUGGACGCAGUGUUCCAAGAAAAAUGGUCAUCCUAUUUAUUCACGGAAUUGAAUGGGAAAGCUGUAUGUUUGGUGUGUUCAGAGCAUGUUGCAGUGCUGAAAGAAUAUAACCUUCGUCGCCACUAUGUGAGUCUUCAUGCCGACAAAUAUGACAACUUUCAAGGACAGCGGAGAUGAGAGAAGGUGAAUGAACUGUUGGCGGGUCUGAAGAAACAGCAGUCUGUGUUUACUCACAGCCGAGACAUCAGUGACGCUGCAGUGAAAGCUAGCUACCUCAUUGCUAAUGAAAUCGCAGUGGCUUCAAAACCAUUUAGUGAGGGUGAAUUUGUAAAAACAUGCAUGAUGAAGGCAGCGGAGAUUGUGUGCCCUGAAAAGCGGCAGGCUUUUGCAAAUAUCAGCCUGACAAGAAACACAGUUGCAGACAGGAUUUCCGAUCUUUCAGUGGAUUUGGACAGCCAGUUGAAGCAAAAAGUAAAGUCAUUUAUUGCGUUUUCGGUUGCAAUUGAUGAAAGCACGGACAUUACAGAUGUUGCACAACUGGCCAUUUUCAUCCGCGGAGUUGAUGACACAUUGACCGUCACCGAGGAGUUCGUGGAGUUGGUGCCGAUGACAGAUACAACGACAGCAGCUGAUAUUUUUACCGCACUCGUCGGCGCUCUGGACAGGGUCGGAGUGGACUGGUCCCGCGCUGUCAGCCUGGCUACAGAUGGUGCGCCCUCAAUGAUCGGGAAAAAAGCAGGCGUUGUGAGAAAGUUCAGAGAGAAAGUGCAAUCUGCAAAUGGAGGACGUGAUUUUUUGACUUUUCACUGUAUUUUGCACCAGGAGGCUUUGUGUUGCAAGUCAUUAAAGAUGGAUAACGUCAUGAAGGUGGUCAUCCAAACUGUUAAUUUAAUCCGAUCCAGAAGCCUGAAUCACCGUCAGUUUGACAGCCUUCUCAGAGAGAAAGACCACAUCUAUGGCCUGCCAUACCACACUGAGGUAAGAUGGUUAAGCCGAGGUGCUGAGGCGUUUCUUUGAUUUACGAGAAGAAAUUGAACAGUUCAUGGAAGAAAAGGGCAAACCAGUGUUAGAAUUUAAUUCCGCAGAAUGGAUGCAGGACCUUGCAUUUAUGGUGGAUGUUACAGAGCACCUGAAUAACUUGAACAAACAGCUGCAAGGGCACAACAUAGUUGUCACGCAGUAUUAUGACAGCAUACGUUCUUUCAAGUUGAAGCUGUCAUUGUGGGAGACGCAACUUGCCGGUGGUGAUGCAGCUCACUUCCCCUGUCUGAAAAAUGUGUGCGCGACCCAACAUGUGGCAGACAUGAAGCGGUUCAAAGAUAAAAUAACGGGACUGUUACGGGAGUUUGAGCAACGCUUUCAGAUUUAUGUUUAUAUGUUUUUAUGUUGAUGUGCUAUUGUUUUUAAUUGAUUUUAUUUUAUUUGUAUAUUUAACCUAUUCUUGACUCUGUCGUUCUUGCACUUGUUUGGGGAACAGGAUUUCAUUAUUUGUAUCUACAUUUCUGCCUGAGAAAUGACACCCUGAUAUAGUUCUGUGAUCUGUGAAACAGUUCUGUUAAUCACUGAGGCCUUGUGUGUUUGUGUGUUCUUUUUCUGUAGAAUUUUCAAAUAAACUUGACGUGUUUUAUGAUUAAUAGUGAUGUUGUGCUUGUACUAUUUUGGACACACUGUCCUCAGGCUCCAGCUUUAUGUUGUAUGUUGAUCGUAUUAAAACAAAGAAAACAAUCUGAAGUUGUUGUUUUUAAGGUAUAUAUACCAUGAUUUUUCCGGUCCGGCCCACUUGGGAAUAGAUUUUCCUCCAUGUAGCCCCUGAGCUAAAAUGAGUUUGACACCCCUGAUUUACACAUUCUGAUCUCAAGUUAGGAUUCAGGCCCUAAGUGUACAGAAGUCUAUCUUCACUGCCGACAUGUGGUAUCACUUGAUUUCAGAAGCAGUUCAAGUGUUGAAGUAACCUGUGUGAGUCCUGAGGGAACUAGGGUGUUGAGACGUUCUCUGUGUGUCUCUCUAACAGGCCAGAAACUACAUCAACUCCCUUCCCCAGAUGCCCAAGAGGAACUUUGCUGAAGUGUUCAUUGGCGCUAACCCACUAGGUAAUAAUGGGGUAGUCUGUCUAGUGUCUCACAAACGUACACACUCACACUGUCUAAACAGACACUCUGUUCUCUCUCUCUCUCUCUCUCUCUCUCUCUCUCUCUCUCUCUCGUCUCUUGUCUCUGUCUCUGUCUCUCUGUCUCUGUGUGUGUGUGUCUUUCUUUCUUCCAGCGGUGGAUCUGUUAGAGAAGAUGUUGGUUCUGGACACUGAUAAGCGGAUCACAGCGUCGGAGGCCCUGGCCCACCCCUACUUCUCCCAGUACCACGACCCAGACGAUGAGCCAGAGUCUGAGCCAUAUGACCAGAGUUUUGAGAGCCGUGAGCUGGAGAUAGAGGAGUGGAAAAGUAUGUGACGGGUGGAGAGAGGGAAAUGACUCAAUGUGUGGAGGGAGGAUGAUAAAAUCACUUGUGUUUAACAUGGUACUCACACUAAACUAGGUAGAUGUCUACUCCGGCCACUUCUGAUCUCAAUCUUUCUUUCUCUCAGGGUUGACCUAUGACGAGGUUUGCAGCUUCGAGCCCCUGCCGUUUGAUGGAGACGAGAUGGAGUCC